GCUACUAGAAACAUCAUUAAAUCUUUCAAAAAAACAGAAAAAACUUUUAAGAAUAUUUUCUUGUGGAGGACAAAAACGAACCUCACAAAUUUUUGAAAUUCGAUACUAGAAAGUGUUUUUUUAGAUUAUCAACCAAUAUCAAACUCAUUUAAAAAAAGAGAUCGACGAUCCCAAGUUAUUAAAAUGGGAGGGUCAUCAAUUGUUCCAUUAGAUAGAACAUCGUCUAUAGAGAAUGAACCUAGAACUCUUAAUCUCGAUCAAAUUCAGUUUGCUAGAGAUGCAGCACUUUACGUUAUUAAUACAAGAGGUUUAGAAGAAGCUAUGAGAAUUUUCACAGAGGGAUUAGAACCGGUUGUUCAUUGUGUACAUGACAAAGAGGAAGUUGAUGCUUUGAAUGAAUGUGCUGAGGAAUUUGAAAGAUUAUCAAAUCCUUUGAGGAAUAAUUCAGAAACUAGAGACGUUGUUACUGCUCCUUUCUAGUUUGGGUGGAAAAUAAAAAAUAAAAAAGCAGGUCAAUUCGAUAUACAAAGGAUUUUGCAUAACGCAGGGUGCGAGGAAGAGUAUACUUUAAAUGCUGUGAUGUAGACCACGUACCCUUGGUGCAAGUACCUCAAAUGCUGUUAUGUAAAUCAUGUACCCUUAAUACAAGAAUUGUAGUUGUUUUGAUAGAGCUCAAAAGGUUUUUGUUU